GCAGGUAGCCGCCGGCGGCGCGGUGCACGCCGGAGCUGGUAGUCCCUGAGGAGGGGAAGGGCAGUCCGGCCGUGCGUGAGGCAGAGCCGCCGGGGCGCGGGCCGAGGCGGGCGGCAUGGACAAGCUCAAGAGGGUGCUGAGCGGCCGCGACGCGGAGGAGCCAAGCGGCCUGGCUGAGGUUAUUGAUGCGACUACGUUAGGUUGGGGCACCAGAGUGAAAGGCUUCGUUGCUUGUUUUGCAAUAGGAUGCCUGUGCUCGCUCUUGGGUAGUUGUCUGCUAUGGGUACCAAAGAAAAGGCUGAUCCUCUUUGCGGUGUUUUAUACGCUGGGGAAUAUUGCAUCUAUUGGGAGCACUUUUUUUCUUAUGGGACCAAUGAAACAAUUGAAAAGGAUGUUUGAGCCUACACGUUUGAUUGCUACUAUUGUUAUGCUAUUGUGUCUCAUACUAACACUGUGUUCUGCUUUCUGGUGGCGUAAGGAAGGACUUGCGCUCCUUUUCUGCAUCUUUCAGUUUUUUGCCUUGGCAUGGUACAGCAUUUCCUUCAUACCAUUUGCAAGGGAUGCUGUGAAGAAAUGUGUUUCGGUCUGUCUGUCCUAACAGGAAUACUGGAUGCUUCACAAAGUUCUAGGAAGUAUAGUAGAACUAUGUUAAGAUCACUGUGUAUGUAUUUUUCUACUUCUGUCUUAAACAUGUGCCUUUCAGCUUGUUGUUAGAAGCUCCUUGUGUUAAAUCCAGUGUAUGCAAUUGCCUGGUUUUGUAAGCAAUGGUGUCUGUAGGACAGGGUGCUUGUGAUCAAAUGAAGUUCGGUCUGGCAGAAGAACUGGGCAAAGGUCCAGAAUUUGUUAUAAUAACUCUUAUGUAAAAUCAUGUAUUUGUGUGGUUUUGCAAAAGUAACAAAGUAAUACGUGAAGUCUGUAAAAUGGAGACCUCGACUCUGAUGGGACUAUGCCAGUCUAGAGGAUUUCUUUUUCAAGAAAAAGAAAUCAGUUGGCAACUGAUUUCUUACUGACAACUUGGGGUUUUUUAAAUAGCAUGUAGUCACUUAAUCUUUGCACUAUUUGCCUUGGAUAAUGGAAUAUUGGUAUUCUUUCUUUUCCUGCCUCCCUUGCAAAAUUUUAGGUUUAUGAGACUUCUAAAAAAUUUAAUUCUAAGUGAAAAGGCUGUUUUGGAAUAAGUAUGAAAUGUUUGCAUCUUUAACGAAGUACUUAAUUUUCAGUUUAGACUGAUGGUGUUUCCUUAAAAUACAUGAAAGGGACAUUUGCAUCUGUAAAAACUUGUUCCUGUAGGAAAAGCACUUGCAAAAUAAGGUUAAUAGAAUUUUUUCAGCUGCCAGGAGCCUGAGUUCUUUACCAUUAGCUGUAGGCAAGGCAACACAUACAAGGUAAGAAACUGAAAUUUUCCAUGUGGAGCAAGGUGCUUCUCUUCUUCCCCAGCUGUAGCACAGGAGCAGUGUGAAGCUGAGGGCAUGAUAGGUAAGCAAAAGGAGAAUUUAUGUAUGUCCUGUCUCAAAGGACAAACUCUGUUGAUGAGGUGGAAGUGGGCUAUUGUUUAAGCAGUCUGGGCUAGGGAGAAGACAUUUUCUUCUGAACUUGUAACUAAGUUAAAACUCCAACAAUCCUAUUUUUUUUUUUAAGUGGGAUCAGUUUCAUUUCUCCUAAAGCUCUUGUAUAUAGUAGUGAACUUCUGCUUUGAGGAGAAAGUACAAUUUUCUAUUGCCUGUCCUAGCAAAGAAAGCGUGUAACAAUCUAGCUGCCAGCUCCAAACAAAAGCUGAACAGUCGGUAUCCAAAUUCCAAGGCCACUCUACAUUCUCUUUAUCUUCUGAGCUAUGUAUAAUCAUUUACUCCCAAACCAUUGCAGUGGUCAGUUUUUUAAUAUCUGCGCACAGAUUCCCGCUUCUGUUAUGUGAGAUACUGUUUAACUGCUUUCACUUUUCUGCUUACCAAACUGUCUUGCUGGAGUCAGUGUCUAUGAAGAUGAUUAUCCAGUGGACUUUAGUAUGAGCUGAAGCCUCUCUUACUCCAUCUACCAGGAAUUUAGUCAUUUAACAGCGUUGUGCUUGCAUGGCAAGUGUAUCCUUGACAUGUACCACAAAGUUUUUAAUGUAGGAAAAACCUAGAUCUACUUGGCAAUAAAGUAUAAGCCUACAGUGAAGUCAAUAAUUGUAUGGAUUCCAGAAAGUUACUAGAAACUGAGUUAAUAGAAAAUCUUAAACGUAAGUGUCCUUAACUGCUGUUAGGAUCCUCUAAAAAGAAGAAAUAUUCCCUUCUGAGGAUGGUAUGAAAAGGAAACUUUAACAGGCUUUGUGUGGAUUCCAGCUGGCUAGAGUUACUGUUACAAAAGCAUUUGAAUGGAAAAUGCCACCUUGAAAACAUGGCACUGAUACUGGGAUGAAGCAAUUAUACAGGAUGAUGUUCAAGUGUUAUGUCCCAGUGCUGCUUCCCCCCCACCCCUAGGAUUUGGAAGUUAGUGUUGAAAUAACUGGGUUGACUAUUGCUUUUCUUGAAAGGAGGAAUUAGUUAAAUGCCCAAGAGAGACUGGGAAUUAAAGAAUACUGAUACUUCUUUUCCCUGACUGAUCUAAGACAAGUAUCUAACUGAUGUGUGUCUUUUUUAUCAGGGAGUAGGUUCAAAACCUAAUUUACAUCUGUCAAAGGACCUGUGUUAGUCUUUUAUUAGGACUUUGAUAAUGUUUACAGAAUUCCUUUGUAUAAGGGCAGUUUAAAUGCAACCCUAAUGCCUUUUACAUUCCAGUAUUUCUUUAGUUUUAACAUCUCUGGACGUUCCUGGAAAACGCUACAAGUAUAGCAUGCACUAUUUCUCCUUUCCCUCUCCAGGAAAGUUAUGUUAACUUGGAUCAUCAUCAGCCAACACAAUGGAAUUUGACUUCUGGGGUUCUUUUUUUGAAUACUUCAGAUAAGGAGUAAAAGGCUUUUGCUUAUUCCUUGACAAGCUUGUGCAGGAUUGUGGUACCCUGACUCUCCAGCAGUUUGUCUAGAAGAACACUAGAAUUGGGUAUGUUGAAUAUUAGUUUUUCAACUUGCAUACUAGCUAACUGGAACCUUUUUAGCUGACUGUUGUGAGCACAGCCACUUAGAAGUAGGAAAUUGAGGAAACUACUAAUAGAUAUGGUGUAAACUUAAUGGAUUCCCCCCCCUCUUCCUUUUUAAAGCUGUACUUCCAGCUCCACAGCCUUUUAUUCAGUAAGAGAGAACAAAUCUUCAUUUGACUGCAUAGCACAUGAGGCUAAGUAAUUGUGCCCUUAAAGGAAGGGAACCCAAGGGGAGAUGGCAAAGGCAUAAGGAUCACCAGAGUGCCAUUAGGGUUUAUGUUGCCCUUUGGUGUUGUAUUCUGUUCCUGUGAAGGUCAGACAGUGGGAGAGACUCACUGUAUUCUUGCCAAUAUGUGAAACAUACUCAGGGUUUGUCAUGUCAUCUAUAAGCAGUUUUGAUUUAAAAUAACUCUUCUCUACCAGAACAAAACUCUUCAGAUUCUUACUCGCUUAUAAGUAGUUGUGUUCAGGCUAUUGCCAAGUUUAGCAGCAAAAGAUUUUUCCACUUUGUUAAAAUACUUUAUUUUAUAUGAUUUUACAUAAUCAGGGAGUAAACUAGUAUAUGAAUGUUCCCUCUUCACCAGCCACAAUCUGAAUUAGAUUAUACCAUUAUACCAUUUUUUUUUUUGUCAUUAAAACUACUUUCUCUUAAGUUUUGAUAUCAUCAGCUUUGGUUAUCUGCUUGGCAGGAAGCAUGGUGGGCAUUUCUGAAGCCUUCUCUAGCUUUGUAUCUUAAUGUCCUUCAAGGCAGGAAUGUUUAUUCUAUGCACUCUACUGCGAAGAGAGAUGUUUGUGUUUUAACUCACAAAGCUCCUUCCUUCCCAAAGUCCUUGCUUAGUUGUCUAUGGCACGUAACUCAAGGCUGACUUUCCUGAAGAAACUUGUAUGAUGUUGGAUUCCCAUCUUAGUAGGAUUUGGUGUUCUACCAGAAAGUGCUUUUUGCCCAGCCUCGCUGUCAACUUGCCUAUCCACUUUUUUUUACUUUUUGCAGAACAGCUAACAUAACCUUAACCAAGCAGCCUUAGCAUGCAGUUCUAGCAUGAAAUGUGUAUAUCUGGGAUCAGCUGACUUUACAGAUACUGUAGAAAGGGAAACAGGGAGGGUGGUAGUCAUCUGUUCCCAAAGUACUGAGAUUUUAUACAUUAAAAUGUGGGAUUUUUUUUAGUUACUUCAAAGUUUUGCUCUAUGUGAUGAAGUCCAUUGUGAAUACUGGUACUAUCUGAGACAGUUCUUCAGUGAUGAUGUGAACAAUUUCAUCUUGUUUAGUAUUUACAGUGAUAAGAUCGUUCAUGUGCUGUUACAAAAACCAAGGAAGAAAUUUCUGCACCAAGUUGAAAUUCUUUUAAGAAGUCAUGUUUUAAAAAAAGGAAGAGGCUUUUUGUGUGAAUACCUACUGUGGAAGUUUGGGGGAGGGUGGAGACUCUGCUAUGGGAUGGCUUCCAGCUAGAUGCAGGAUGACAGGCUUGAAUCGAUCAUGACUUGCGGGUAGAUUGCAGCUGGCCUCCAGUGCAUCUGGAGGCUCAUGGCACUGUUGCCUAUGUGCAGUCUGAAGCUUGUGUUCUGGGAACUGCCUUGUGGAGCAGUGUGGGCACUUGAAGCUCAUCCCCUUCUGCUGUAUGCUACGAGAUUGAAAGAGCCUCUGAGUUUCUGAGAAUGGUUCUUGCUUAGUUCUGAUUAAUCAUGUUAAUGAAAGAUCACUGUUGCUAUUGUAGACUCUCAAAACUGAGGAGGAGGAUGAUGUUUAAAUAUGUUUGUCUUAAAUACUGAUGUUUACAACCAUAGCAAAUACUGCCCAUGUAGGACAGAAAGCACAGAAAUGGUAUAUUUUCUUAAAACCACGUGCCUCACUGUAAUGUGACAACACUAAAUUUUUUUUAACAGCUGUGGAAUUGUUUUGUAAAAUAAAACCCAAACUCUCAGAAA